AUGGACAGUUCCGAGCAUGGCUAUUUCAAUAUCGACCACUCAAUUGGAAAGGGGUCCUAUGAGAGUAUGUUUGCCAUAGAUCCUGUUUUGUUCGAUACAUCUGCAUCGAUCUCCGAAGAUCCGAGCUCGCAUCAAGACCUCGACAAUAUCCUUGGCGGACAGUUCCUUGACCAGCUUGGUUCAGGUUCUGGUAUGUUGACCCCGGGAUUCAGCGCUUGGAAUACACAAGGAACUGCAUACAGUCCAUAUCCCGACAUGUCAUAUACGCACGCAUUGCCGAUUGAUCAACAGCAAGCUGGCGCCGGACCGGGGAUUGGGUCGUUAUCGAGCGAUUUCGUACAAAGCUUCCCUGAGUCGAAUGGCGUAGAAAUGCAAGCUGUGCAACUUCCCCAUUCGGUUCAGAUCGAUGGUCUUCAAUCACCGACUGGUACAAAGUCAGAUCAAACUAUGGUGUCUGCAGAGCCCGCAGCGAAGAGAAAGUCGGACGCUGCAGCAGACACCACGAACGGACCUCUGCCGAAACCCAAGAAGAAGCGAGGACCCCGGAAGUCGAAACAGAAGACAGAAGAAGAGAAGAGAGCCAAGGAAGAGCGGAAGCUUGAGCGCAACAGGAUGGCAGCCAGCAAAUGUCGUCAGAAGAAAAAGGUCGCAACUGAGCAGAUGAUGGAGAAGUUCAACGAGUUAGAACGUCAAAACCAUUGGAUGAAGGCGUGUCUGGAGGAGGCGAAGCAAGAACGGAACAAAAUUAUUGCUUUGCUUCUUGAGCACAAAGAGUGCAACUAUCCUGCUAUCGACAAGUGCCUCGAGUCGCAGCUUGCAAGGAUUGCCGACGAAUUCGAAAACCCUCAGCCGACUGAUAUGUUCAGAAUGGAUGACGAUACUCGAGAAUUCCUCAACUCGAAUGCAAGCUCUCCUUCCAACGAAUCGCCGAAUAUAUCCCGGCGUAACUCGAUGGCUAUGUCCAGCUCCGGUUCAAACGCUUCUCUUCCGGAGUCUGCAACCGUCUCGCAUGCUCCACAAUCAUGGCCUACGGCUGGAUACCAAACCUGGCAAGAACAAUUCGGUAUGUCCCAAAGGUACCAGCAGCAACAAAUAUCCGAGCCCUCCAAGGCAUCCCACCAUCACUCGCCGUCCUCAUCCAGCUCAACCUCGAUGUCUCGACAAAACUCCAGCCGCACCUCAGUCAGCGAAGAGCAUGACGAUAACCAGAGGAACGACUCCGGAAUCAGCGAGAUGGACACGCCGCCCGAGGAGAGAAAAGAAGAACCUGUCGGACAUUCCUGA